AUGGGUAGUGUAGCUCAUAUAGAAGAUGAGAAAAAGGAAUUGGUUUGUGAUGUGCAUAGGUUGGCCCGUCUAGGUGUCCAACUUGUGGAUUCCACCAAGGGUGGAUUCAUGGUUCAUCACAUUUCUGAAUCAUCCUUUGUGGUUGAUGUAAAGUCUAAGCAAUAUCUUGAUCCUAUUUUGAUGGAAUUGAAAGAAUCGGUUCUCAAUAAGUCCAUUGAGGUUUCUCCUAAGGGGGAGAUGGGGGUGCUUAGGUACCAAGUUACCACUCUAGCAUUGCCAUGGCUCCGUUUGAAGCACUAUAUGGAAGAAGCUGUAGAUCUCCAGUUAGGUGGUUUGAGGUGUGAUGAGGCUUGGAAAGAAGGGGAACUUAGUCCCCAGUAUGUGGUCCCAUACCGAAUCUUGAAGUGUAUUGGGAAAGUUGCUUAUGAGGUGGACUUGCCAAAUGAGUUGGCUCCGGUUCACCCGAUGUUUCAUGUUUUCUUGCUCAAAAAGUGUAUUGGUGAUCCAAUUUCUAUCCUUCCUUUAGAUGGUUUAGGAGUUGAUGAGAACCUUUCGUAUGAAGAGUUCCCGGAUGAGAUUUUGGACUGGCAAGUGAAAAAGUUGACGAAUAAGGAAGUAGAUUCCGUUAAG